CCACCUGAUCUCCUUGACCCAAAGUCUGCCGCUCACAACUCCAAGCCACGCCUCUCCUUCUCGGCUGCCAAGCCGGUGGUCCUGAACUCCCCCGAGGACGAGUACGACACCAUGCGCUUCACCGUCAUGAGGUGGAAGACGGUAUCAGUCAUCUUCUUCCUGGUGGUGCUCUACCUUAUUGUGGGAGCCCUGGUGUUCCGGGCGCUGGAGCAACCCCACGAGAGCCAACAGAAGCUGGCCAUCCUGGCCGAGAAACUGGACUUCCUGUCGCUGCACGCCUGUGUCAACUCCUCCGAACUGGAGGACCUCGUCAAGCAAGUGAUCUCUGCCAUCAGAGCGGGCGUCAACCCAUCAGCAAACUCAUCCAAUCAGACAAGUCUGUGGGACCUAAGCUCCUCCUUUUUCUUCGCUGGCACUGUCAUCACCACUAUUGGCUUUGGGAACAUCGCUCCCCACACGGAGGGGGGACGUAUCUUCUGUAUCAUCUAUGCCCUCCUGGGAAUCCCCCUCUUUGGCUUCCUGUUGGCUGGUGUUGGAGACCAGCUUGGAACCAUCUUUGGGAAAGGCAUCAACAGAGUGGAGAAGAUAGUUGGGUCUCUCCCUCAAAAGUGGAAAGUGAGCCAGACCAAGAUCAGGGUGAUCUCCACCGUGAUCUUCAUCCUGUUUGGCUGUGUCCUCUUCGUGGCGUUGCCGGCGGUCAUCUUUAAACACAUAGAGGGCUGGAGCACGCUGGAAUCCAUCUACUUUGUGGUCAUCACCCUCACCACCAUCGGCUUCGGCGACUUUGUGGCCGGUGAAAAAGGUCUUGAAAAAGGUGGUUCUGAAAUAGAGUAUCUGGACUACUACAAGCCUGUGGUGUGGUUCUGGAUCCUGAUUGGUCUAGCCUACUUUGCUGCCGUGCUCAGUAUGAUAGGAGACUGGUUCAGAGUAAUCUCCAAGAAAACCAAGGAGGAGGUAGGGGAGUUCCGGAUCCACGCAGCAGAGUGGACGGCAAACGUGUCGGCUGAGUUCAAGGAGACGCGGCGUCGCCUGAGCGUAGACAUCUCRAACAAGUUUGAGCGUGCCGCCUCCAUUAAGCGUCGACUGUCCUCAGAGCUGGGCCUCAACCCCAUCACCCAGGAGAUGACCCCGGGCAGGAGGACGCUGUCCGUGAACCUGGGGCCAGGGGAUGAGAGGGAGGCCUACCCCAACCUGACUCUCUCCCUCACUCCUGUACCUGGAGCCCUGGCCCGCAAUGGCAGUGGACUCUACCUGAACGGACUCAGUCCGGACUACGCUGAGGUAGCCAUCAUAGAGAGCCUCUAGUGAUGAGACACCGGGGUUGUGGAAGGAACAUGGAGGUGAGACACAUUUAUGGUCAUCAGUGGAGAUCAUUAAGUGAGACUAGCACACACACGCUUGUGUGUUYAUGCUCACACUUGUGUGUUCAUGCUCACACUUGUGCUCAUUGGUUAAGAGGCUGGUUGGAGAGACAGAUAGACACUUCAAGUUGAGAUCUCAGGCAUACUGUAGGUGAGUUUUCAGACAUACACACAUGCACACACGYAUGUUCGUCAAAGGUGAUGAGAUACAAACACACACUAGGCUGUGCAGUGAUCGAUUGAGUGCUGUGAGGGAGAGAGACACUGGUCGAUCAUCACUUACAGUAGAUCGAUCAUCACACACAAAUACAAACACACACACUAAUUGAUGGAGCUUGUGGAGAGACACACGCAUUAAUGCUCCCACUCCACCUGAAUACACAGAGAGGCUCUGAAGUCUGCAUCAGAUGAAGAGGUUCUUCACUGUCCAACACUGUAUCAUCCAAGAUGAAACUUUCUCUAAGGCCUUUUACCCAACAAGUGUUAGGUUCUCACCAGGAGGCAACAAUAAUCACCAAACUUACGGAGCAUGAAGUUGAUGUAUUUCCAAGAUUGUGUCUUUUUUCGUUUCAGUUGACACUUUUGUAUGGUUCGUGUAUUCAGACUACUAGGGCAGCAUUUAUUUAAUGCCUUGCUUUCAGUAAUGACACCGCUUACAGUUUUAAAGCAGAAUGUUUGGAUCAUUUUUUUACCUUCAAGAAGGACAUGCAGCUUUUUACCUAAGGAAUAUUCCAAGUGCCUUAAAUAUUGGAAGAACACUUUGAACAGUGUUUUGGAUUGCCGGUGCAUGUUGGACUGAGUCUUAUCUAUCUGGUUCGUUAUCAAGUCUUAAUUCUUACUUAAGCAAUCCUUGAGAAUAUUUGUACAUUAUUUAUGCGUCUUUUAGAGAACACAGCAACACAUCAAGUAACAAGGAGAAGGUGCAUGGAAGGAUAUGAACUUUGACYUUUUGAAGUGGAGAUUUAACAGAAGACAAAGCAUACAAGCAUAUUUCCGAUUGGAGCUGGACUGACUGGGAUAUUUCUGACCUCUUUGUCUGUGUGUGUCAACCAUUUUGUCCCUGUUACUGUCCCAUUGUCCCCUGCAUGCAAUGGUGACUUUGUCAUUCAGGCGCAUUACUGAUAGAAUGUCACUCUCUUCCUCCUACUCCUCCUGUUCCCCUCCUCUCCUCUUCAUCCCUCCUCCUCUCCUCCCACUCAUAGACAAACGUAGACACUCUAUUUAUCAAAGAGAGAAAUGGUCCUACAGAAGCAUAUCAACCAUUCACCUCUAUGGUUGCCUUCAAUAACUCUGUAUCCCAACAACUCAUCCAUGUAUGUGGAAAUAGUAAGGUAAGAUAUGUAUUUAUCUCAAUGUUAAGUCCAUCAAAAGCAGAAGUGAUCUGCACACAUAGUACAAAGACUCUAAGAUUCUUCUUUUGCCAUCUUUGGUUGGUUUUCUUAACGCAGCAGGGGGRGGGAGAGGGGGUGUUAAACACAGAGGUUUUGGCUAAUGCUUCGUCAUUUAGUCCCUCACUUGGUCUGCACAUCACUAUUUCUGGGGUUAAACAGAAUACUCAUCAUAAAAAACCCUCUUCCUGUGUCCACCUGUGAAUAACAGUAUGCUAUCUAAGCAAAGCUCGAGGAAGACAGGGCUUAUAUCAUGGAGUUCCAUAUUGAUGAAUACUUCUCAAUGGGUGGUGGAUGUAGAAGGCAGAUUAGGGAAAUAGCUUGGUAGCCUCAAGGUUUAAUCCGGCUUCUCUCCUCUGACAGGCUAUUCAUCAUGUUGGAUAGAAAUAUAUUUGGGACAUACAUAUAUUGUAUUUUCUUAUACAAAUCAGGCCCAUUUUAUGCAUUUUACUCACUGUUUAUUUUGAUUGGGUGUGUGGGUAAUGGGCAUGGUUAUUGGCAUGGUUAUGGGCUUGGUUAUGCAAUGUGUUAUAAGGCUGAGGGGAGACGCAAUGAAGAAAUGACUUGGAUUGUUACUUCAAUGAAGGGGGAUGCAAUGAAGAAAUGACUUGGAUUGUUACUUCAAUGAAGGGGGAUGCAAUGAAGAAAUGACUUGGAUUGUUACUUCAAUGAAGGGGGAUGCAAUGAAGAAAUGACUUGGAUUGUUACUUUAAUGUGUCUUUAAUGUGUCUUUAACUUUAAUUAUUUUUUCUGUGCUUUCUUAUUUCCAAUCACGUUUUUAAUGUCAUAUCUUGCCAAAACAUCACACAUGUACCUCUCAUGUGCAUCAUACAAUACAGAACAAAGUGUCUUACAAAUGCCCAUUUCAUCAAGAAACAGGUUUACAUUCAAUUUUUGAACAGAGUAAUGGUUGUUAACUGAAAGUAUGAAUGUUUGAAUGGUGAGAAAGCAGCCAGGUCACCUGUGAUACAAAUCAGUAUUUGAAAUCCAUCCAUUUUUUUUUAUUUAACCUUUAUUUAAC